CUUGAAUCUUGUUGAGUUCGAAAAGAGAUUUUGAGAAUUUAAGUUGUGUAUUUGGAGACAUCUUCAGGUUAAGUUGCUUUUGUUGUCUAUUUGAAGAUAUCUUGAGGUUAAGUAAAAUGAUAUCAUUUAGGAUUAUUGGGAAAUAUUCAGUAUGACAGACGACGCCAUGAAUGCCAGUAACUUAGAUAUAUGCAAACAAGAUGUAGUGUUUCAACACUUUCCCAUGCAUAGACUGAGAGAGAACCCAGGAACAUGGACGGUCAUGAAAUAUAAAUACGGACGACUUAUUGUACCUGAUAGUAAUAAAGUGGAUUGGAUAUAUGUUAUUAAAUCGGGUGAAGCUAGAGUAUAUAAAUAUUUAUCACCUGGUCCUGUAGAUGUCAAGGCCAGGCGUAAAAAAGUUCAGACUAUGUUGAAUGAACAGUCGCCAUUUUAUCGUAGAAAACAGAUGCUUGAUUUUAUAGAAGAUCGAGACUACAUCAAAUCGUCUUACAAGCCCGGCAGUUAUCAUCCGGCCAUGAGAGCAGGAGCCAAAUCGGCCCCACCUGGUAAAGCAAGAGAUGUGCGCUUUAACGCUCACAAAAUAGCCGCCGCUUUUGCUAGUUUACCUAUAACACCCCAGACUGGUGUCGUCACUAAACCGGAAGUGAGAUUAGAUACUAGAUUACCGCAGAUAAUAUUAACUGAGGAGGAUGAAGACAAUAAUUCAAAGUGCUCGAAUGACAGUGAUGAACACAAAGAAAGUGAUAAUUGUUUGAAUUUAACGGACCUUCCGGAGGGGGCGGUCGGCUAUUUGAACAGAGACCGUAGACCGUCGAUUGGAUUAGGACUAGGGAUACCUAUGAGAAAUCGUUCUGGCAGUUUCAUGAGGACACCGAUGACGUCACGUGCUAAGCCAGAACAAUUUGUAAAAGUUGGUAGAACAACGUUUCCCGCCUUUGUUCAUGUGGAGACAUUACAUCCGGGUCACACAUUCGGAUUAAGAGCGUGUUUAGAUGCUGAUGAAAUGGGACCAUCAGUCAGUCUGGUUAGUGGUGAUUGUGAGGUUUUACAAAUCAACCGGAAAUACUUCAUGAAACAUUGUGACGAUGCCCUUUAUAGUUUAAUCAGAUUAAAGGCUAAAAGAUUUCCUAGUCAAGAAGACUUAAUAGAUCGAUUAGAUGCCAAUAUACAGUGGGAAGAAUUUAAACAAUUAACAUUGGAUACAUUCCUACAACAAUAUCGUGAUAAAAAACAAAUAUUCUAAACAUGCGAUACCACUUCUCGUUAUGGUAGAUCCACUCGCUGUCGUAUUUCAGUCGAUUUUCCGGAAUUCGUUCACGGGUUUUUGUAUUGGUACUGAUUAAUUGAGUUUAACUUAUAUUACUAUUAUUUUACUAAUUGACGGCGAUUACCAAUUUUACAGGUCUGUGUCGUCACGAAUUUUGUUUUUCUUUUUUACAUCAAAUAAAAACAGUUUUAUUGCCGGUCCUGCUUAGACCGGCAGUGGGGAACUUAAUUUAUAUUAGGUACAAAUUUCUAUCCUGGAUAUCCUUGAUUUUGGUACGAGUUUAUUACCACGAGUAAUAAGAACUCCAGGAAAAUACCAUAUCAAGCAAAGACAGGUUUCGGUUUCAGAUUGGAUGUAUUAUUAUUAUUACAGCAUAUUUAUAGCGCGCCCUUUCAUAUAACAUGUUCAGGUGCACUUUACAAAGUGACAAUAUAAACAUAAAUAAACAACAAGAUUAUGGACAUGUUAACGAUUGCAUACAGAAUCAGUUAAAAGCCAAUCUUUCGAUGGUCUACAGUACAUGAAGAUCUGACAAGUUAUACUAUAAGGUCGUGUUAGGGGUCGUACGAGCGACUUUUGACCCUAUGACGUCAGACUGGUCCGUCCUACAAAUAUUCUAAUUUGUCCGUCCAACAAAUAUUCUAAUUUGUCCGUCCAACAAAUAUUCUAAUUUGUCCGUCCAACAAAUAUUCUAAUUAAUCCGUCCAACAAAUAUUCUUACUGAUCCGUCCAACAAUAUUCUAACUGAUCCGUCUUACGAAUAUUCUAACUGCAUUCAACCAUUGUAUAAACUCAUUACGUCAUCAUA